AUAAUUCUAGACGUACUUAUAGAUGUCUGUUUAGAAUGAAAGAGUCUUAUUUCAAUUUCAAAGAUUCUUACAUGAAAAUGAAAGUUAAAGUAGCAGCUCGACAGCUGAGUCAAACAAUGGCAGCAGCCAUUGAAACAUUUCAUUCUUCUGGACAUUUGAAAUCAGAUUCUUUACAUACUGCGGAAUUCUGUCAUCUGAUGGAUAAUUUAUUUGACUCACUGAACAGUUCACAAGUGCGUAAUCACGAAGGAAGAAAAUUUCGAUCUGCACUAUCGGGUAAUUCUCCUCAUUUAGAGUUUUGGUAUGACAUGUUGUCUAAAAUUAAUAGAUGGAAAAUUUUUGAUAAGCAGGGAAAGUUGAGAAAUAAUUUUAAAUUCGUUGAUGGGUGGCUAACAAGUAUUAGAGCAAUCAUUUUACUUUGGAAAAAGUUACAAUUGCAGGGGAUAACAUUUUUGAAUUUAAGGAACUUGAAUCAAGAUCCUUUAGAAAACUUUUUUGGCCAGAUAAGGCAGCAUGGUGUCUGCAAUACGAAUCCCACAUGCCAACAAUUUGUUGCAGCUAUGAAAACUUUAAUUAUUAAUAAUUUAAGUUCUCCGCUCAGCAAAUCAAGAAAUUGUGAGGAUGAUUUCUAUGAAUUUUUAGGGAAUUUUGGUAAAUUUAUUGAAAAGUAUUCAGACACCAUUGACCAAACUCCUGAAACAUCUUGUAGUAAUACAAUUGUUGACACUCCUGAUAGUACGGAUGAAAUUUUUUUGGAGCAAAAUUAUGCUACUGCUUAUGUAGCAGGGUAUAUUUUGAGCAAAGUUGAUGUACUGGACUGUGUUCAGUGUCGAAAUAACUUAUUCUCGAAUGAUGUGAUUUUAAAUCAGCAUCUAUUCGUUACGUUUAAAGAGAACGAUGAGAGAACAAGAUUGAAUUAUCCGAGUGAAAGGUCUGCACAACUUUUGGUCUAGUCUAAGGAUUGAAAUGAGUGCCUUAAAUCUUCGAUGGACGACUCCAUUGGUUAUGUACAUCCUAAAAUGGCUGUUUGAUUACUAUAUCAUCAAUUUUUAACAGAAUUAUAAAUGAUUGAAUGAAUUUGACCGGUAAAGGUCAAUAAUUAAUCAUGGAAAACCCAUUUAUUAGUUGCCGACGUGAAGCCAACAUACUUUAAAAUCCCAUAUAUCGCAGACCUCUAACAAAAAGCUCGUCAUUUUUCAAAAUACGAAGGGGUUGCAAUUGCUUUGAAACCAGAGAACAUCAAAAUAGAUAAUUUUUUUACACUUUCAUAGACUUAAGUUUAUAUUUAAUAUUGUAUUCCUCCUUUCAGAGCCCUGAAGGUAUAACGAAACUGGUCGGCAACUAAUAAAUGGGAUUUCCAUGAUUAAUUUUUGACCUUUACCUGCUAAUUUCAUUCAAUCGUACAGUCAUUAUCAACCAACAAUAUUAUAAAUUAUGUACUGUAUUUCUGUUUGUUCCAUGUAGUGUGUCCAUUGAAAUAUUAGAUAGAAGUCAAAUAAUAUAGAGUGAAAUCAA